AUGUUCCCUAGACCUCAUGUUGUUGACAGAGCAAUGCCGUUCAUGACCUCAAGCCUCGUGCUUGCCCUCGGGGCUGCAAGUGUCCUGGCAGCCGAUUGUCCUUCGCCUCUAUCUUUCCCCAUCACUACCAAGCAGAUUGAUCCAAAAGUUCCUGAUUCGUUUAUGAGAGGUAUUUCCGUAAAAAUCGGUACUCCUGAACAGACAAUUUUGGUGAAUGCAUGGCCGGAUCUCAAUAACACAUACAUCUACGACCAGCAGAUGCUCUGCGACCCGAGCAUCAUAUGGAACGAUGAGAUCUGCUUUGUCCGAAGGGGAGGUAUUUAUCACUACGAGGAUUCAAAAACCUUCUCAAAGUACAAUGACUUCGCCUCGGCUGGUGGAGCCACCAACGAAAUAACCACCACGGGCACCGAGCUCGGCGUCAAGAAGCUCCUCACAUCCUCGCUUGCCGGUGUCGAGACACUUUCAGUUGGCGGAUCCGAUGCCUCUUCCGUUACCAUGCCGAUCGGCAUCCCACGCCUGCGAUGGGACGGAGGCUACACCAUCCUUCACGCACUAGGACUAGGAGCCAACUCGACCUACCUCAACGCCCUUAGCCAGAGCAAGAAAAUUCCGUCACGAGUAUGGUCAUAUUUCUGGGGUCGCCAAUGGGGCAGUGGCGCGCCGUUGGAUGAGAAAACCAUUGGCAAGAAUUACACACAGCCACUGGACUACAGCGAGUCAACUGGAUGUUGGACGGGCAUGAAGGUCACGGUGUCCGAUCUUGUACUCAACUAUCGGAACGGAGAUGACGAGAGCAUAAUGCCGCGAAACUCGGCUAUUCCGGUCUGCAUUGUCCCGCAAAGACACUUGCUUCUGGAGGCUCCCGGGUUUGUCAUUGACAACUUUGAAAAGGCCACCGGGAUGGUCAGCAAAGGCGAUUCAUUCGGGUUCUACUGGGGCGGCCAGGUUUAUAACAAUACGGCCAAUCCAUCAUACUACGACGGCGACAUGACCAUCGCCCUUUCAAACGGCCUCAGCAUCCGGAUUCCCAACAGCCAACUCCUCGUCCCAUCCGAGGAAAUUGCUCGGAACGGCUCGUUCAUCACCGAACCCAGCCGCAUGGAACUGCCCAUCAACCGCCUAGGCACUCAACCCGCCACCCUCGGCCGAUUCUUCUUUACCUCCGCUUAUCUUAUGGUCGAUCACGAGGCCGAGACCUUUACCCUGUGGCAGGCCAACCCUACGGCCAAGAGCAACCUGGUCGCCAUCAGCCACGCCAAGGACUCUUGUGCAAGCGAGGCUACAGAUGGUGGUGCUGGUGAUGAUACAUCCGGCGCUGAUGGUGCGAAGGGUGAAUCUGGAUCUGGUUCCGGUGAUAACAACACUCCAGGCUCCGACGCGGGUGAACCGACUACCAAGACCCCCGUCGCCGCUAUUGCCGGAGGAGUAGCUGGCGGCAUUGGCGCUCUGGCCAUCAUCGGAGCCGUGGCUUUCUUCCUCGUGCGACGACGCAGAGCGGCAAAUAACGCCCAGUCUGGCAAGAGCUCAUCUGGGGACGGAAACAUGACAGACGGAUCGGCACGUGGCUUCCCACCAGGAGUCCGAGAACUGGAAAGUCAGUACCAACAGGCUGUUGGGGAGUUACCCGUACCUGGUGGAAACUACAAGUAUGCUGCAGCGGUUGGGGCGCAACAAUACAACCCCAACGGAACACAUGGACAGCAACAACCUCAGUAUUAUGGGGAGUAUUACAACAAUAAACCUGCUGAGGUGCCAGGGCCAAGUUGGGUUUAUGAGCUCGAUAAUAGCAGUCGGCCUGUGGCGCCCGUGGAGCUUUCGGGUGGUACUCCGAGGUUUUCUUAG